GUUUUUCAAGCCUUUUAACAAUUACGACAUUGAAGAGGGAAGUAUGAGUCAUAUGCUGAUUGUUAUUAAAAUGUGUUAUUUGUUUAUCAAAAGAAACAAUGGCACCCGAGGUUGAGAAAGUUUCGAACAAUUUUCAUUAUACUAGUUUAUUUAAACAUUCUCAUUACACAAUGGAAAAUGCUGCCGAGGAGAGAACAAUUACAAAAUUUCCUAUGCCAUUUGAUGUUCUUUGUUCACCUUAUAAAGAAAGAGAAUUUUCCGCUGAAGUUUAUAAUGUUUGCUACAAAAUCAACAGUAAAAAUAUAGAUAUGUUGAGGAUAUCAAAAGUUAUAGUGGUUGGAGAUGUUGCAGUUGGGAAAACGUGCCUUGUCCGUCGGUUCUGUUUACAACCCUUUGAUACAAACUAUAAAGCAACUAUUGGUGUUGAUUUUGAAGCAAAAAAGUUUUAUAUACUUGAUGUCCCAUAUAUUUUGCAAAUGUGGGACACUGCUGGUCAAGAGAAAUUUAAAUGCAUUGCUUCAUCAUAUUACAGAGGCGCUAAAGUUGUGAUUUUAGUUUUUGACUUUUCUCUUAUUUCAUCUUUAUACAACAUUCCUACUUGGCUUGAAAGAACUAUGAAAUGCACUGAAAGCCCUCUGUUAUUUCUUGUUGGCACAAAAAAGGAUGUUGUCGCAAAUUCUGCAUAUAAACUAACAGAAAUUGAGGCCGUGAAAAUUGCAAAAGCAAUUGGUGCUGAGUAUUGGCCAGUCUCUUCUAAAACAGGUGAAAAUGUUGAAGCCUUGAUAAGUCGUAUUGCCGUCUUGACUUUCAGCCAGGAAAUAACCAAGGAAACUGAAAAUAAAAUUGAAAAAGUUUCAAACAGCUUCGUUAAAAUAAGUCGUCCAUCUGUUAGUGGCAAAAAGAAUAGAAAAUGUUCAGCAUGUGCUUAGGAGCACAUGCAUCGAAUUAAUAUGCAAGCACUUGCAUGAAAUUGUUGUGAUAAAAUCUUUAAGUUUCUAUUGAUAUUUUUAUAUCACUUUAAAACUUUAUUUUGCAUGUCUAUGUUAGAAGUAUUAGAGUGUUAUUAUUGUUAGUAUAUAUUGUUUAAAGUUUAUCGUAAACAUUGUUUUUUCUUGGCCAUGUCAUUUACUGUCAUUUUUCUUGCAUUUAUUAUGUAUUAUCGAUCUCAAAUAUCAUUUAUUUAUUUAAAUAUUUUAUUUUUCAUAGUUUAAUGUAUUAGAGGUUUUUUGGGACUGUAUUUGUCUUAUGAAAUAGACCUACAUUGUUGUUUUGGGAAAACAAUGUAUAUUUAACAAAACUGAUCAUACUUUCUAGAAAGUUAACUAACCUUUUCCCUGUGACAAUCAAAAAAGAUUCUUUUUUGGCCUACUUUCCCCUGUAAAAAUUAAUCAAAGAAGAAACUAGUACAAAAAAAAAAAAAAAAAAAAAAAGGCUAAUGCAUCUUGAAAAUGUUGCUGAAAAUGAAAAUUUAAAAAUUAACAAAAAAAUUAAAUAAAUAUAGAAGAACCAGAAAUUAGAAAGUAGGGUUUUGAAAUGGGGAAAAUGUGUUUGUCUGUUGAUCUCUGUCUCCCUCCUGAUAACUUUUGAAUGAAUAGUAUGAUUUGAACAAACUGUUUUUUUUUUAAUUCAAAAUAUCUUGGUGAGAACAUAUAAUUUUCAUAUUUUAUAUUUUGAUUGGAAUUCCAAGAAUCUAUUUUAAGGGUAUUUUUUGAACAAUUCAAACAUUUUUAACAUUGACACAGACAGAAAAAGGUGCUGAAAAAUAUUAUACGGAUUUCAUAACAUGUGCUUAAUUUUUAGAUUCAAGAAAUAGGAAAAAAAUUAAUAAAAAUUUCCAUCUCUUGUCGACUUAACAUUGAAGCAACUUAGAGAAAAAUAUAACUGAAUCAAAAUGAUACGAAUUCAAAAUGAAAAUAUUCUUACCAAAGCUGCAGAGUCAAACUCUGACUCCUAGAAUUUUAAGGCUAUAUGAAUUGACCCUGACUCAGACUCCUGUACCCCAAAAUCAGUCCAACUCCACAACUCCAAAUAUGACUCUGCAGCCUGGAUACAAAUAAACUCUGAAGGAAAAUGAUAGACUCCGACUUUUGAAAUUUUAAAGGUUUCAGCUCUUGACUGAGACUCCUUUUCCUUAAAAUCAAUCUGGCUCCAACUCUGCAGCCCUGAA